CCUUCCUCCUCUUCAUAUAGCUCUCAUCAUCCAAAAUUUUCAUUAUCCAAUAUGGCCGAACAAAGGGGAAACACACGUCCAGUGGCCGGACAAGAGGGAGAUCAAAGUGAAGAUACUCAAGAUAAAAGGAGAUGGACGGAUGAGGAAGUUGUUCAAUUGUGCAAGUCUUGGAAAGUUGUAAGCCAAUGUCCGGCUGUGGGCACAAAUCAGAAAAAAAACGACUUAUGGAUGCGCGUGAAGCGACAUUUUGACGCAAAUUGGCCGCAAAGCCGAUCAACCCAAUCUUUGCAGGGAACGUGGAAAAUUUUGAAGGUUGAACUCUUUGAGUGGCAUUGUGCAUUAAGGCAAGCGAAAAAUUGGUACAAGAGCAGUUCGAAUGCGGUUGAUGAGCAAGAUGAAGCACAGAAAUUGUGGCAUAACGGGAUGAAGAAAAAAGGGAAGACCAAAAGACACCUGUUUCAGAGUUUUGAUAGUUACGCUGUUGUGGAGGGCUUUGCACAAUUUAAAGACAUCCCUAGCCAUACAUCCGGAGGAACAUCAAAUGUAGGAAGUCAACAUACGCACACACAACCAAUUGCUGAAAAUUCCCUCAUCAACUUGGACAUGGAUUUGUUGAACAAUGGUGUUGAUAACCUUCAUCCUCUUAAUAGUGUUAUCAAUAGCUGCCUACAAAUGAAAGCUAGAUUUGAAGAAUGCAUUGUAGCUCAUGUGUAUCGAGAAGUUAACAUGGUUGCAAAAGUGCUAUCUAAAUGUAGUUUGGACACUAACAUAGGCACUAUCUACAUGGAGCAACCUCCUCCUCAAGUUAUCAAUGCCUUCCUUGAUGAUUUGAGUGAAGUUCCUAGAUCUAGGAAAGUUUGUAAUGCCUUAAGUUAG